GCGAGAGCCAGGGCGCCCAGCCAGUGUUGCCCCGAAAGCCAGCGUGCGUGCACCGUCUUCCCGUCACUGCCUCCGUCGCUUCACUCACUCGCAACCAUGAGUUGGCCAUCUGCUUACGGCUACAAGUACACCCCUAUUGGCCUCCGCCAGAGGGAAAAGAAGGAUGAUUCCUCAGGAACCCGCUCCAUCUGCACCACUGUCCACCUUCCCCAGGGCGGACACCUCCUCGACAUUGAGAGGCAGUACGGCUUGGACGGCUCCAUGUCGAAGAGGGAGACGCAGAACGUGGACCCCGCUUCCUUCCUCCCCAGCCCUGCCCGCCCUGCCACUGCAGAACCCGCCUCCUCCACUCCUCUCCUCGACGCCUUGGAGCCUCGUGCCCCCACUGACUUCGAGCGACAGGCUGAUGACAUCAUUGCUAACUUCCGCGCCAGGCAGGGGCUGCCCCUUGAGCGGAAAAGAUGCAGCAUUCCGACCGACUUGAUCAGCGGGAGUACCUGCCUCUGCUUCGAAAAUGAGAGAGACCGAAUUCGCGCCUUCAUGAAGGACAUGGCAUCCUGCUCAGCGCGUGCUACAGCGGGAGAGUCAAAGAUCUCAUCCCUUCUUUCCUCUAGCGCCACUACAACCUCGGCGAUCAAGGAGGAAUCCAGUUUGACAUCCUCCUCCUCGCGGAUUAAAAGGGCUAUGAGGAAGGCGGAAGAGGAGUCCUACUUUUAAAUGGCUGACGACAAUCUCCCGAACACCUGCACAUCUCUCGACUCAUCCAUCAUGGCAUCCCCCUGAACUUGUCGAAGACACACUGGAUUUUUGGGCAACCAGCUGACUACUUGCUGGCCGGAGAGGUGGACGACGCAGCGACCUCCAAGCCUGUCGCCGCGCGGGCCGCCCACCUGCCCGCCACUCUUUAUACCCGUGACGCAGCCGAGGUUUCGCCUCCCCGAGUGGGAUGGAAGUGUUGGCUUUUCUCCCAGUUUUGUAUAGAAUGGGACAGAAGCAUAUCACCGCGUGUUUACCUUGCAUGCCUUUGGACUUUGUCACUUGUAAAGAGAUUUUUACAUCGAAAAAACGAAAAGAGCAAUUCAGCUCCACAGAUUAUAAUAUAAUGUUUUUGAAUUGUCUAUUAUUAUUCAUUUUACAAAAUCACACUUGGUCGUAUACUAUCUAUCACCUCUUGUGUAACAUUAAAUUUGGUAUCUUUAAGUCUGGUUUGGAAGAUAUGCUGCUUGGCUCACACAGUAACAAAAAAGGGUAAUAUGUAAUCAGACAAUCCUUAUUAAAGAUAGUAUGAACGCUGAAA